AUGACUGGGAGGAGUAGCGAGUGGCCAUCUGCAAAGAGGGCAGUACCUGGGAUAAAUCUCAGCCCUUUGUUUUCUCCAUCCACCGCCUUUUCUUUCUUGUCUUCCUUAUCACCUCACCGGCCUUGGCUCUUGUUUGACCCGCCCACAAUUGUCUUUGAGGUGGCUGGAGAUGAAUUCAUAGCCCAACUUGGAAUGGAUGGUGUGGAGGAGACAUUGGUGGAGGUUAUAAUCAUAGAUGAGUAA